AUGUUUUAUGGCGCUAUAGCUGGCAUAACUUUCUUAAUUAGUGCUUUAACAAUACUGGCACAAUUAAUUUUAUUGCCGAUAUUUUUCAAACAUACUAGUAUUAUAAGACAUGAUGUCGAGAGCCGCAUGAAAUUGUUCAAGUUAUUAGCCGAUAUAGGCGAUAUGCAUCUUACUGAGAAACGUCAAGUAUUGCUACGUGAGAAAAAAUCGAUAAAUAGUUGUCCACCACCAGAACCUGGACCACCGGGACCACGAGGAGACCCGGGUGAGGAUGGAGAGCAAGGUGAUGUUGGACUUAUCGGAUUACCAGGAAAAAGUACGCUUGAACUGUUGGAAGAAAUGCAGCAACAAUGCAUCAUUUGUCCACAAGGAGAACGUGGACCUCCUGGAGCACCUGGUAAUCAAGGAGUACAAGGUCCGAAAGGUGAUCGAGGUAUCCCGGGAAUUCCUGGAUCCGACGGUCAAGAUGGUGAAAUUGGUCCAGAAGGUCCGGAAGGGUUCAAUGGGACAAGUGGAAUGAGAGGUCCAAAAGGACCAGAUGGAAAACCUGCUACCGGUGGUUUUGGAGAACCAGGCCCAAAAGGAUUACCUGGAGCAAUCGGCAGAACUGGACCGCAAGGUCCUCGAGGAAAGCGAAACUAUGUGUAUGGACCCCCUGGCUUAGAUGGUAAGAAAGGCAUUAAAGGAAUGGAUGGUUUUCCCGGGAAUUUUGGUCCAAAGGGUGUUCGAGGCCCAAUGGGUGAACCCGGCGCCAAUGCAAUCUUCUGUCCUUGUCCAUUAGAAAUGGAAUUACUCGAUGUAAAAAAAAAGAAUAAACCAAAACAGCGACAGCAAUUGACAAAAAUGAAGACGAAGAGUGAAAAAUUUCACGAAGGUUCAACUCAUAUACCGGCACUAAUUAAUAAUGCUCAAUCAUUACCAUCAAUCAUUCAUAAUAUGCAAAAAUAUGAGAAUAAAAUUUCAAAUGUAAAGUCAAAACAAUCAUCUGUCGUAUCAUUGAAUAUUCAACAUAGAAAUAUCCCGCACGAAUUAACUGUUAUUGAAUAUGAUGAAGUGCCGAAUAAUGAGGACAAUGAUAAAGUUAGUACAGGUAAUAAUGAUAAGCCAUUAUUGCAUAAUGCGAAUAGUGAAGUUGAAGACAUAACGAUUGUCGAGAAUGAUCAUAAUUGGAAUGGAACGAAAAUUCAAAGCAACUCAUUAGCAUCAUCAUUACAACAAGAACGUCAAUUAACAUCCAAAAUUCUUCCGGUUAUUAAUAAUCAAGAAAAUAAAAUUAGUUCAGAUCAAAUAAUUGAUUUAACACAUAACGAUGAAUUUCAUCCUGAAACAGAAGUUGGAGUUGAGGAGAAUAAUGUCCAUCAAUCACAGCAUCUUAGCGAUAUUGCAAACUAUCUUACACAAAAUCGUCGUAUUGCAAUUGGCGAUACCAAGGAUGGUGAAGGAGACAAAGAAAGUACAACUAGUACAGUACGAAGUGAGGAGAUAAAAUUAAUGACAGCAAAAACAAUUGCAAAAACGACAACAACAAGUGUUACUACAACUGCUACCACGCUAAAAACAUUGAUAACCGGAUAUCCGGAUGAAACAACCGGUCCGACUCGUCCACGAUUCAUUUACAUAACUAAACGUCCCAAAUCACUUUAA